AUCAGUCUUAUUCAUGCAUGUGGACAUGGUCUAUGUGCAUUCAAAGCCUACAUUUCUCCAACACGUUCUUCUCAUUUCCCAAGCGAAGUGCUUUUAGGCUAAUGCGUUAAGUAGCCACAAUUAACAUCCACCCUCCUAUAAAUUUGCCACCUUGGUUCUCUCUUCUCAUCAUCGCAACCUCAAAGCUCUCGUUAAGACAGAGACUUGGUGGCUUGAGUGAGAGAUGGCAGCACCGGCAGAGACGAUGAACAAGCCCGGCGCCGAGGUUCUCAAGGCACUCACCUCGGUGUUCCAGCCGGGGAAGCUUGCCGUCGAGGCGAUUCAGGUGGAUGAGAAUGCGGCCCCGACACCGCCCAUCCCGGUGCUGAUCGUCGCACCCAAGGAUGCGGGAACCUACCCCGUCGCUAUGCUCUUGCACGGCUUCUUCCUCCAUAACCACUUCUACGAACACCUUCUCCGGCACGUCGCGUCCCACGGCUUCAUCAUUGUCGCGCCCCAGUUCAGCAUCAGUAUCAUACCUUCGGGUGACGCCGAGGACAUCGCCGCGGCAGCCAAGGUGGCAGACUGGCUCCCCGACGGCCUCCCGUCCGUGCUGCCCAAAGGCGUCGAGCCGGAGCUCUCGAAGCUCGCCUUGGCCGGCCACAGCCGAGGAGGCCACACGGCUUUCUCCUUGGCCCUGGGGCAUGCCAAGACCCAGCUAACCUUCUCCGCGCUCAUCGGCCUCGACCCCGUCGCCGGCACGGGGAAGUCCUCCCAGCUCCAGCCCAAGAUCCUCACCCACGAGCCCUCCUCCUUCGGCAUGGCCAUGCCGGUGCUGGUCGUCGGCACCGGGCUCGGCGAGGAGAAGAAGAACAUAUUCUUCCCUCCCUGCGCACCGAGGGACGUGAACCACGCGGAAUUCUACCGCGAGUGCAGGCCGCCCUGCUACUACUUUGUGACCAAGGACUACGGGCAUCUGGACAUGCUGGACGACGGCGCCGCCAAGUUCAUCACCUGCGUCUGCAAGGAUGGGAACGGGUGCAAGGGCAAGAUGAGGAGGUGCGUUGCUGGGAUCAUGGUGGCAUUUCUGAAUGCUGCCCUUGGUGGGAAAGAUGGAGAUCUUGAGGCCAUACUGAGAGACCCGGCGGUUGCACCAACCACGCUUGAUCCGGUUGAGCACCGCCUGGCGUGAAGCAGCAGCUGGCUCAUGCCAAAGUUAGCCUGCCGCAGGUUGGCCCACUAAAUAAAGUA